AGGUCUGAAGAUCAACAACAGAGAUACAUUAGAAAACACUUUUAUAUCACGGGCAUGUGACCUACUCUAUUUAAAAAGCUGCUAGUUAGUCCACAUAGAGAAUAAAAAUGAAAUCCAAAUUAAUAAUGAUAAAAAUUUAUAAUAUAAACUCUGCCGAGAACGUUAGUCGUGAAAAAGCAAAAAAAACAGACAACGCCCUGUCAAGGUUUAUUUUUUGAUAAUUGCCAUUUAUCUUUGAAUUUGAGUAGGCAACAACAUGUCGGCGUCACGAAUUUUUAUUUAUUUAUUUAUUAUUAUUAUUAUUAUUAUUAACGCUUACAAAUGCUUAACAUAGGCUCACAAUGAAACCAUGAUCCACACUCGAAGUCUUCUGAAGUUGUCCAGCUUCCACUUCCGGUCCUAAUUCUCCUGCAGACCACAGUCCUGUUGCUGCAUAGGUGGGGUUCUUUGUCGCAUGUAUUCACUGGGGGGAGUUAUUUGGCUCGGGAUCCCCACCGCAUUGGCCAGGAUGAUUUUUAUCUACCUAACGCCAUGUCUGGGAGCUUUCCUUCCCGGUAUCACUGACAGACCAGCGCCGCUAGGGGGAGAAAGUGUGUAACUUCCGAGGCGCAGCAUCGACGCAGUGCUCCACAGCGGACUCUCUUCAUUCACGGUGCUGUAUUAUAUCUUAUAAAUAGCAAGAUUAAGAAAACCGUGUCUCGUUAAAACACUGCAGAAAUGGCAGCUUCAACAGAGUCAUACAUGUAUAUGGAUCAGAGUGCCUUUAAUUACGAUUACGAGACGUUGCGGACUACAGGUGUCAUCCUUGCUGUGGUUAUGUUUGUAACCGGGAUUCUUAUUGCUCUGAAUCUAGUCCAGUGGAAGGCCCUCAGCCACCAAAGAUGGAAGUUCCCCCUCAGACAGUGUAAAGUUGGUGCGACAGGGCGGCCCAUUUCAGCAAGAGGAAAUGCUCAGACGCACAAAGUUACUUACAGGAAUGUGGAGGAGAGUCGAACCUGCUUGACCUGUUUUUGUAACCUCAGCCUAAAUGCUGAUCUGUUGCUGUAUUUUUAGGUCUCUUUUGUGUUCAUAUCGUGUGAAUGACACCAUUCAUGAUGCAUCUCACCUGGCACCAGUUAUUUUACUCAUGCAUGAAUAGUUUGCUCUUAAUGUUGUUGUUGUCCUUAUUAUUAUUAUUAUUAUUAUAUUAGGGUUAAACCUAUAAGGGCAUUUAUGGAAAUAUUCACAGAAGCGAUUGGGAAUAAUGAUUGAAUUACAUUGAAGAGCUCACGAACUUGCCUACCCCUGGUCUAAAGGAUUGAAAUCCAUUAGAUGAAAAUGGAUUUCAAUCAUUUAGACCAGGGGUAGGCAAGUUCGUUCCUCUCUGCAGGAACUCUGCAGGACUGCUGCUCUCUAGGACCGAACUUGCCUACCCCUGCUUAAGACGGAUAUGAAGUUAAUAUUUUCACUCGUUUACAUUUGAAUAAACAGAAUAUUGUUUGAAUAAAUAGAAAUAGCCCUCAGCAUGGAACUAUAUGCAACCCUGUAACUUUUGCAUGCCAAGUUUCAACAAAAUGUUGGAUAAUUUCCUAGUUGUUUUAUUUUGUAUCAUAUAUGUAUUAAUUAGUUUAGAAUUUUAGUGUAUUUGAAAUACUUUUGAAUGUUUCACAAUUAUUUUGUCAUAUUACAUAAAUUUUACUUAUUCCCAUUAACUGUUGGGAUGUCAAUCAUAACCAAAUAAACAGCAUGGUUUUUCUGUUUACAGAUUAGUCACUUGGAUCUGUAAAGUCAGACAUUACUUUACAGAGGGCUUAGACACUAUAGGAAAGUCUUGCCUUAAGAACUAAUGGUGCAGUCAAAUAGAAAAUAACUGGUAGUUACUAAUCCAACUUUACAUCUAAUUUUAAGUCAAACCUCACGGCGGCUGAUGCAACCCUUCCUUGGAGGUAACCAUGAUCUUAUGAACAUCAUAACAGCAUGAAUAUAUGACUACUGUAUUCCUGUAAACAAAACACUUUAGAAAGUAAUACUUUAGUCCCCAACCAAGAGUUACGAAAAAGCAAAUUACUUAAUUGCAACUGAAUGUAUUUAUGCUUCAAAUAUUAAUUAGAAAGCAUCCAUAUAUUUCAGCCACUGCACAUCUGUUUGAUCAGCAUGGAGGAAUGCUUAUGAAUUCAUUACAGUUCUGUUCAUGAAGGGUUUUUUUUUUCUUUCUUUUUUUUUUUUUUGCCUUGAACUGAAGUAAUUAUGACUAAACAUCCACGGCAGUCAUAAUGAAGAGUUCAGUACGGUUACUAUAAGAAAAGGUGUUUUUAUUAAUCAUCCAAAUGUUAGUCAUGUACCAAAGACAUCAAUAAAAGAUCCUGAGUUACA